AUGUCUUCCUAUCUCACUUCUCUCCUCUGGGGGACAUCCCAGGUCGACGAUGCCGUCGACAAGGCAACCUCGGAGUUACUGCCAUCGGGUGCCGAGGACAUCGCUCUCAACCUCGAAAUAUGCGACCAAAUCCGGUCCAAGUCUGUGGCACCCAAGGAUGCGAUGCGUGCCCUCAAGAGGCGGCUAAAUCACAAGAACCCUAAUGUGCAGUUGUUGGCGCUUGGUUUGACAGAUACUUGUAUCAAGAAUGGCGGAGACCUCUUCCUCAGCGAGAUCGCCUCCAGAGAGUUCAUGGACAAUCUGGUGUCAAUUCUGAAGAUUCCUGCCUUGAACAUGGACGUUAAGAACAAGAUCCUCAGGCUUAUCCAAAAUUGGGCAGUGGCGUUCGAGGGCAAGCCAAGUCUUUCUUACGUCGGGGAAGUCUACAAGACGUUGCAGCACGAAGGCUUCAACUUCCCACCUAGAGAUCCCGCAGUAACUAGCUCUGCCAUGGUCGACACCCAAACGGCACCAGAGUGGAUCGAUUCCGACGUAUGCCUCCGAUGUAGAACGCCCUUCACCUUCACAAACCGCAAACAUCACUGCCGCAAUUGCGGGCAGGUCUUCGACCAGCAGUGUACCUCGAAGGUUAUGGCGUUGCCCCACUUCGGUAUUACCCAGGAAGUCAGGGUCUGCGACAGCUGUUACACGAAGCUUAACAAAAAGUCGACCAAGAUUCAUCGCACUUCUCAGAGCGUCUCCGGCUCUCGUCAUCAUGCCGCUCGCGAAUUCGCCGACGCCGAUCUCCAAAGAGCCAUCCAGCUUUCACUCCAAGAGGUUGGUGCUGCAGGUGGGUACCGACCAGGCUACGUGCCAUCUCCCUCGCCAUGGCAGUCGUCAGAGCCACCGCUCGUGGACAAAGGAGCACGCCCAUAUGCAGCUUCCACUCGUUCUGACGCCGACGAAGAAGACGACCCAGAUCUCAAAGCAGCUAUCGAGGCCAGUCUGCGGGAGGCAAACGCGCCGCAGCCCAGCGCUCCCCUCAGUGUCGAGGUGCCCGCCCCGGAACAAUCAUAUGGCUCGUACGGUAUUGGAGCCGGAUAUCCGCAGUCGUACCCACCAUCUGCUUCUACUCCCAGGCCCCGCGCACCGGCCAUUCCCACCUACGAUCUAGAGCCCCUGGAGAGCGAUGCGAUCAUGACAUUCAGCCAGACAGUGGAACAAGUGCAGACACAGGGUGGCAGAGACUUGUCUAGGUAUCCUGCGGUGACCGAACUGUUCGAUAAGGCCAACUCACUUCGGCCAAAGCUCGCGAUGAGCUUGAGCGAUACUGGACGCAAAGAAGAACUAUUGUCGGAGAUGCACGAGAAGCUGUCUGAAGCUGUCAAGUUGUACGACAAGCUGUUGACAGAACAGGUUUCUCGACCAGCCUGGCGAACACCGUCUGUUGCACCUCAGACCACUGGUUACCAGAGCGGAUACAAUCCACGCUACCAGGCCGAUGGAUCCUACAGCCACUGGACUCCCGAAGCGCAAACGCAGCGGCAGACAGCACAGGCACACGCCGAACCCUCUUACUUCUCUGCGUAUCGGGAUCAAUCUGCUAUCGCGAACGGUGCAUACGUCACAUCCCCAUCUGCAGAUCCAUAUGUACAUGCGUACCAGCCGCAGCAGCAAUCGCCUCCUGAAGUGCCGCGACAAUUCUCGCAAGACCAAGCGCAGCCGCAAUUCGCUGCGAUGUCGCCAGUAACUGUACCGCAAUACGGCGCGCAAGCCCAGCUGCAAACACCGGCGCCUCCGCCGAUCGCUGUCCCGUACCCGCCACCUGUAGCAGCUCCAGUUCAACCGCCCGCUUCCUUCCAGUCUCCAUCACUCACCUCAAUACCGCCACCUGUUCAAGUACAGUCGCCGCCGGUUCCCUUCACCCAGCCGCAACCUCCCGUUCCACCAAUGCAGUCCCCCAUCUUGGCCCCCCAGCCGCCGCCGCCGACAUCGACGCUAACCCGACAUAAUACUCUCUCAUCGCCUCCAGCACCCGCGGCGAAUGCGUACGUCCACCGGAACAACGCACCGUCAUACACGUCGCAGCAGUUGCAGCAGCUGCAGCAGAUUGCGGUCCCUGCCGCACACCUGCCGCACUUCCCCGUCGCGCCCACGUCGUCUCCGCAGAGCUUCGUCGCGUUUAGUCCGCCGGUGGAGCCUGAGCGAAAGGAGGCGUUGCUGAUUGACUUGUAG